AUGAGCAAUCAUAUAACAGUCAUUGAGGAGGAUGAAAAUCAAAUAAUAUCAUCAUUACUACCAACAAAUCAACGUGCUACUCGUUCGCAACUUCUAACAAAAAUUUAUUAUCCCGAUACAUUAUAUCCUGAUAAUUAUUCAUUCUUUGCAGAUCGGCGCGAUACAACAAGUCCAAGAGUAAACGCUUCAUUAUACAUGGAUCAAAACGAACAAUAUCCAACCACAACAACUAUGAAUACAACAGGUUCUCCAAUAAGUAUGCCAUCCAUGCCUAAACAUCCAACAACUGAAAAUGAAAUUAUUGAUCGACAAAGCAAAUAUGCCGCACCAAUGAUUGAUCGAGAACGUGGUGAAUCCGAAUCUGAGAAACAUCGAUUCGAUGUUAAACGAUUUAUACCAACGGCAUUACGUCCUCAAGACAAAAGUCAAGCACCUGUUGUCUUAUUAGAUCCUCGAUUUUAUUCGUUGAAAAAAACAGCCAUGACUAUCAUGUGUCUUCUGAUUAUUAUCAUGAGUAACAGUGUACAACUAAAACAUGUUCUCAAACCAAGCUCAGGCAGUGCAAAUUCAUUUUAUGGUACUCAAGUUACACUUGGCAUUGUCUCUAUUCUUAUGUGUGCUAGCAUCGGUGUAAUUCUGAUUUAUGUUGGCGGUGCACAUAUUAAAGUAAAAGUAAAAGGAAUUGUUUGUGAAAUAAAAGAUAUGCAAUUUGUUGGUGAGGUUGGAAUUAUUUUAAAUGUGUCGGUGUCCGUUGCUUAA